AUGCUCAGGGAAAUCCUCAUCGUUUUAUCGCUAUUUUUUAUCAUCAAUGGUGCAUUGCUUGUAAUCUUCUACAAACUUCCAAAUAUGAACACUGUAAAUCAGAUUGUUGUCAAAACGGAUAGAUUUGCUGAUCUGCAUCAUGUCUCCACUUUCACGCAGUUUUUUAUAUGUGGUCAUCUUUUUCAACCUCCAAUCCAAACCUCAAAAAGUCCUUCGUCCAUCGAGUCUUACCUUUUCGAACAAAAAAGGAUCGGCAAU